CUGCCAUCUGAGAAUUCUUCAGACUCCAUCAACUCUCUCUCUCUCUCUCUCUCUGUGUGUACAAAUCUACUCCAACGUUGUUCGACACACUUUCUGUGUUCUAAAAUCUUCCCCAAUCAAAUCCCUAAUAUAGUCAAAGUCUCCCUUCGAAUCUUUCCUGAAUUUCCCAAAAUUCCAUUUUCUCAGCACCCAACGAACGCUAGGGCUCAAAUCGGGUAAUCUCAAAAUGGCUUUGUUUCGUUAGUCAGUUUUUCUUUUUUAACUGAAAGAAUGUCCGUUGCGGAGCUCAAAGAGCGCCACGUGGCGGCCAUGGAGACGGUGAACUCUCUCAGAGAGCGCCUUAAGCAGAAGCGGCUCUCUCUGCUCGACACGGAUGUUGCGGAGUACGCGAGGUCACAGGGUAGGAGCCCGGUCAGCUUCGGACCCACGGAUCUGGUUUGCUGUAGAACACUGCAGGGUCAUACAGGCAAGGUGUAUUCAUUGGAUUGGACUCCUGAGAAGAAUCGAAUUGUCAGUGCAUCUCAAGAUGGUCGGUUGAUAGUGUGGAAUGCUUUAACAAGUCAGAAGACUCAUGCAAUAAAACUACCUUGUGCAUGGGUGAUGACUUGUGCUUUCUCACUGACUGGUCUGUCUGUAGCCUGUGGUGGUCUUGAUAGUGUCUGCUCUAUCUUUAACCUUAAUUCCCCCAUGGACAAGGAUGGAGAUCUACCGGUGUCGAGAAUGCUUAGUGGGCACAAGGGGUAUGUUUCAUCCUGUCAGUAUGUACCAGACGAGGACACUCAUUUAAUCACCAGUUCUGGUGAUCACACAUGCAUUUUAUGGGAUAUUACUACAGGCCUUAGAACUUCUGUUUUUGGAGGUGAAUUUCAGUCUGGACACACUGCAGAUGUACUAAGUGUCUCAAUUAAUGGAUCAAAUUCAAGAAUGUUUGUAUCUGGUUCCUGUGAUGCAACUGCCCGAUUGUGGGACACUCGUGUUGCAAGUCGAGCAGUACGGACAUUUCAUGGACAUAAGGGGGAUGUUAACACUGUAAGAUUCUUUCCAGAUGGCAACAGGUUUGGAACUGGUUCAGAUGAUGGAACUUGCAGGUUAUUUGAUAUCAGAACUGGGCACCAACUCCAAGUAUACAAUCAGCCGAAUGGUGAUAAUGAUGUCCCACAUGUGACCUCCAUUGUAUUCUCCAUAUCAGGAAGACUUCUCUUUGCUGGAUAUUCGAAUGGCGACUGCUAUGUGUGGGACACCUUAUUGGCAAAGGUGGUUUUGAACUUGGGAUCUCUGCAAAACUCACAUGAGGCCCGGAUAAGCUGUUUGGGUUUAUCGGCUGAUGGAAGUGCCUUAUGUACUGGAAGUUGGGACACAAACCUAAAGAUAUGGGCUUUUGGAGGGCAUAGGAGGGUAAUCUGAUCGAAGAGAAAAGGCUAAACUUCCAUACGGUUUUCAUAGCCUUCUUAGCAUUGCAUCUUUGCUAAAAUGCGUUUCUAUUUCCAGUAUGUUGCUAGGGUUUGAGAAACCAUAAUCCUGUAAUGUUCAUUGUAAUUCAUAAGACUGACAGUUCGAAUUUUGGAGAAAAAAGAAAAAUAUUUGGCUUGAGAACUUGA